AGGCAUCAGAGUAUGUGAGUGAUUUACAGAAUGAGGUUGGUUUAUUAGAGAGUAAAUAUAAGAGAGCAGAGGACGAGGUGGAGGCUAAGAAACAGAUGUAUUUGAAGGAGAUACAGAGAAUGCAGGAGUGUGUAGAAGAGCUACAGAAUGAGAUGGUACAUUUAGAAAGUGUCAUGUUCCUAUCCCAACAAGAUGCUUCCACUGAGAAGAAAAAACUUGACUCUUGGUCAUUACAAGAAAGAGAGAAGGCAAGGAGAAAAUUGGAACAGCAUAAAAAUUUCUUACAGGAAGCUCUUCAAACCUUUAUGGAACAUAUGGAGAACAUGCAGGCAAAGUUAGCAGAAGCCCACGAAGAUUCUGAAGCCUUGAAAGAGAAAGUUAGACAGGAGGCUAAUGCAAAGGGCAUUGAGUGACUGAAGACAGUGUGAGAUGUGGAACUGUUUAUGUCCACAUAUCCAGAAUAACUCGCCAUGAACUGUGUAAUAGAUCAACUCGAGUGCUGUCAAAACUGUUGAAACCUGUAUCACUCUUUGAGCCGCGCCAUGACAAAACCAACAGAGUGCGUUUGAGACCAGCAUGGAUCCAGACCAGUCUGCACAUCCACGCAGUCUAAUCAGGAUCCAUGCUGUUCACUAUCAGUUUCUCUACUUGUUAUUGAGUUGGUAAGCGAACAGUAUGGAUCCUGAUCAGACUGCGUGGAUGCAAAGGCUAUGUUGGUUUUGUCGUGACACGGCUCAUAUAUUCAAGACUAUGUUGGUUUUGUUGUGACGCGGCUCAUAUAUACAAGACUUUGGUCAGCUUGGAUGUAAUUCAGUAGUCUUGUUAUGUUAAUUCACAAAGACAUAGCUGCAGGCAUUAGUGUUACAUUAAGAUGUUGCUAUUACAUUUAGUUGUCACAAACAGUUUAACAAGUGUAGUUAUGGCAAACUGUUUAGCAAGCUGUUAGAAGACAAAUUCAGUUAUAAUCAUUAAUUUGUCUUUCCUCUCUAAAGACUGUUAGAGAUAUUUUUAAAGUACAUUUGAAGUAUUUAUUGUUUAGAAUUGUUGCCUCAAUAUAACAAUUAAUAGACAGAUGCUAGCAGUUACAGGUUACCUUUACACUCUAGGUACUGUUGUCAAAAAUAUAACUACAAUGUGGGUUUUAAGAACAAGAAGACACAUUGUUUUAAAAAAAGUUUACUAGAUUGAAAAAAAGGGUUCAGAAGAAAAUAUGAUGAUGCACAUUUAGCAAUUCACAGUACACAAAUUAUUCUAUUUCUUUUAGAUAUUUCUGGCAAUUUUUGUUGCUACCUCUUGCUCUGUUAUUAUUAUUAUAAUAUAAAUGUAAGUGACAUCCUUUCUGAGAAAGUAGAACAUUGGUUGUUGUGACAGUAUUUUAUUGCUUAAAACAUAUUGAACAUUGUGAAAAUUUUUACUGUUUUUGUUUUUUAUAAUGUGGCAUUUAACAAAUUUUUGCGCCAUAUAAGACAUCCAUGUUUUAUCCUGAAAACUACUUUUUUCUAGCGUAUUAUACUUUCCAUAGAAUUUAAACACAAUAAUGCUUGUGAAACUGAAAAAAUGUUCAUAGAUGAAAAAUUCUAAUCUAAAAACAUGGCAAGCAUUAACAUAGAAACUUUAUAUACUUGUAUAUAUUACAAUUUUCCUUUAUACAUACAUUAAAAUACCUACAUGUAGCUUGAGCAAAUUUAUUGAACUGUAUUGCUGGCUCCCAUUUUGAUAAUAUAUUGUAUUUCCUCUUGUAAGGACAUAGCUUUGAUAAGAUACGCAAACUUUCUUUUAUUAAUAUAAUAAUCAGUCUGACCAUAAUCCUGUAAUAUAGCUCCUGGUAGGCUGUACACAAUAAUUUGUUAAUGCUUAAAGCAAAAUGACAUAUAUACAACAGAAAAAAACCCUGAUAAUACUUAAGUAUAUUUUAUAAGUUAUUAAAAAGUGAAGAAUGAAUUGGUAAGAAAAGAUACAACAUACUGCAUCUUGGAAAGGAAAUCAGAGUCUUGCAUUGAAGCAAAAAUGCAUUUGUGCUCUUUUUUUGGCAUAAGUGAAGUACCAAAUGAAAAGUUUCCUGUAUACAUAUAAGCAUUUUGUUAAACAGUUAAAAUAAUUUGAGAAUUUGUACUUGUCAUCUGACAUACCGUGUUUCAUAAAGUCAGAUACACAGAAAUGGAAUAUGUCAGACCACUAAUGGAUGGUCAUCAUUAACUUCCUAUGUACCUGAAUUCUGAAUUAUGAAUUAGAUGAGAUAAAUAUGAACUCUCUUUGUAAUUUACAAUUUUUAAAAAAAAUUAUUUUAUCUGUAUCAUUGCUCUUUCUUUAUGUUUUUCUGAUAAAAUACCAUUAUACAUGUAAUUCUAUCUAUCUAUAUUUCCCUUCUCAAUAUAUCCACAUUGUGUAUGUUUUGUCAUUUUUUACAAGUAAAGAAAAACUAUAGUUGAACACUGAUUAUUUUGAUUUUAUCUUAAUAAUAUAACAUACUGUUUGAAUUUAAGUGUAUAAAGCUAUAUAUCUGCUGCAAAAAUAAAUAAAAAAAUAAAGCAUCCACAUUGCUUGUAUGAAAUAUUUAUAGUAGUGAUUGUCUUAAAACCAAUUUAUACACAAAAUCAUUGCUAAAUGGUUAAAACCCUACUUAAAAAACCAGAAUAAUAUUUUGUUCUGGAAUUUUAUUCUAUUUAUGUACAAUAUUCAUGUGUGUUAAAUAAAGAGACAUUCUAUGUUACAACUCUUUCGAGAAUCGUCCAUGAGAUUAUAGAAGCAAUAUAAUUUCACUGUUGAUAUAUUUUAGACAUAUUUGGAUAUUUGUUUGUUUUGCAUGUAAGAUUGAAAUAUAAUUUCACUGAGUGAACACCAGAUUCAAUAUUUUCACGAGUG